GGAAAAUAUAUGAAAAAUAUAUGAAUUUUUAUUAGCAUGAUAAAGAUGACUAAUUUGAAUUCUUCAUUUUCAGUUGGGAUGGGAAUAAUAACAUGGUCAUUAAGAUUUGGAUGUUUUUUGCAUUUAUUUAUGGAUGAAAUAUAUGAAUUUACAGAGACUUCAGGUGAAUCAAUGACACCAACAUUACAGCCAAAUGGCGAUUAUGCUCAUGUUUUAAAAAGAUACAAGUAUGGAAAAGAUUUAAAGGUUGGAGAUGUGAUAGUAGCAGUCAAACCGACAGAGCCUCACCACAGAGUAUGUAAAAGAAUAACAGGAUUGCCUGGGGAUAUGAUAUUGAUUGAUCCAUCGAUGGGAUCUGAUUUAAAUAGUUUUGAUAAAAUUGGCUACAAUGGUAAUGACAAAGAUAAAGAUAAAGAUAAGAAAAUUGGCGGUGACAAAGAAUUUGAUGAAAAGUUAAAUGAAUAUAUAGAGUAUAUUGAAAAAACCGAUAAACAGGAUAUACAGGAUAAAGAAACUUUUAAAAAAUUGGAAUUGAAAGAGUAUAAUGAAAAUAAAUACAACUCGAUGAAUAGAUAUAUAAUAGUACCUGAGGGACAUUGUUGGCUAACUGGGGAUAAUUUGUCACAGUCAUUAGAUUCCAGGAGUUAUCGACCAGUUCCUAUGGGGUUGAUAAAGGGGAAAAUAAUUGCAGCUAAUUUGAUAUUUGAGCCAUUUAUUAAAAUUGAUGAAGAUGAUAAGUUGAAUGUGUAUGGAUUUCGAUGGAUAAAGAAUAAUUUUGAAGACGAGAUUUAUUCUAUCGAGUAAUUGUUUAGUGCGUUGAUGUAUUACAAAAGCACUAUAAGAUUAGCAUAAGAGAUUACAAAGGCGGUGUAUAUUGAUUAUAGAUAUA